CCGGCGCUAUGGCAGUGUGAGGAGUAAAUGGCUCAGAGUAUCCGCGGUGGAAACCGACCUAAACACUGGUCUGGGAACUGAUAAACAAACACAACAAAAUAACGCGGUGCGUAAAAGCUCUCCACGGCGCUGGUUGUGGGUGCGCACGGAAACUGUGCCAGUUGUCGAAGAAGCCAAGAAGACUCCGACGGUUUUUUUUUUUUGGUUGUUAAUUUUUGUGUGUGUGAAAAACGAGGAUAUCUUAAUUGGACAUGUGAGUUACGGGAGUUAACAAGACAAGCAGCCUUUUCAAAGAUGAAGUUCCCAGCUUGUGUCCUCGUCACUUUGGUGGUCAUCCGAUCGAGUGCAGCACAGUCAGUUUGUCCUGGCACGGAGAACAAGCUGAGCACCCUGUCUGACCUGGACCAGCAGUACCGCACCCUGAAGAAGCUCUUCGAGAACUGUGAAGUCGUGAUGGGCAAUUUGGAGAUCACCAGCAUCGAUCGAAACCGCAACCUCUCCUUCCUUAAGUCAAUCAGAGAAGUGACGGGCUACGUGUUGGUGGCUCUCAACCAGUUCGACUACCUGCCACUGGAGAACCUACGGAUCAUCCGAGGCACCAAGCUGUACGAGGGUCGCUACUCUCUGGCCAUCUUCCUCAACUACAGGCGGGAUGGGUACUACGGCCUGAGGCAGCUGGGCCUGCGCAAUCUCACAGAGAUAUUGAAUGGGGGUGUUUAUGUCGACCAGAACAAAUUCCUGUGCCAUGCGGACACCAUCCAUUGGCGUGACAUUAUCAAGAACCCCCAGGCUGAGCUGCUGGUGGUACCGUCCAACAACAGCAACCUCGGAUGCAGACGCUGUCAUCGCUCAUGUAACGGACGCUGCUGGGGCCAUCAGGAAGACCAGUGUCAAACCUUGACAAAGACGGUGUGUGCAGAGCAGUGUGACGGUCGAUGCUUCGGGCCUUACGUCAGCGACUGCUGUCAUCGCGAGUGUGCCGGUGGUUGCUCGGGCCCCAAGGACACGGAUUGCUUCGCUUGCACCAAUUUCAACGACAGCGGAGCAUGUGUGACCCAGUGCCCUCAGCCAUUUGUGUACAACCCCACAUCUUUUCAGUUAGAGCACAACCCCAGAGCCAAGUACACCUAUGGAGCCUUUUGUGUCAAGAAAUGUCCACAUAAUUUCGUGGUGGACCACAGCUCCUGUGUCAGAGCAUGUCCCAGCAACAAGAUGGAGGUGGAGGAAAACCGCAUCAAAAUGUGCAUCCCCUGCACCGACAUCUGUCCUAAAGUGUGUGAUGGCAUAGGGACGGGCAGCCUGCAGACAGCUCAAACAGUGGAUGCCAGCAAUAUUGAUAAAUUUGUCAACUGCACCAAAAUCAACGGCAACCUCAUCUUCCUCAUUACUGGCAUUAAAGGGGACAUGUAUCAUGGUAUUGGCCCUUUGGACCCAGAGCGCCUCAAUGUUUUCCGUACUGUGAAAGAGAUCACAGGUUACCUCAACAUCCAGUCUUGGCCUGAGAACAUGACAGAUCUCAGUGUUUUUUCGAACCUGGCAACUAUUGGCGGUAGAUCUCUUUACAGUGGAAGCGGUAUUUCUCUGUUGAUCUUGAAGCAGCGUUGGAUCUCCUCGCUUCAGUUCCAGUCGCUGGAUGAGAUCAGCGCCGGAAACGUCUACAUCUUCAACAAUAGCCGCCUGUGCUUCUACAACACCGUCAACUGGACGUCGCUUUUCAGGACCCAGAGCCAGAAAGUCCUCAUCCGCAACAACCGAGAUCCAAAGGAAUGCUCUCAGCAGCGAAUGGUGUGUGAUCGGAUGUGUUCGGACGACGGGUGCUGGGGCCCCGGGCCUGACCAGUGUCUUUCCUGCCGAUAUUUCAGACGGGGCCGCACCUGUGUUGAGUCCUGCAACCUCUUUGAUGGGGAAGUGCGUGAAUUUGCCAAUGGAUCCGUGUGCCUGGAGUGUGAUAGCCAGUGUGAGAAAAUGGAUGGGAACACCAUGACAUGUCUUGGCCAGGGCCCGGACAAAUGUGUAAAAUGCCUUCACUUCAAAGAUGGACCCAACUGCGUGGAGAAGUGCCCCGAUGGGUUGCAGGGCGCCAACAGUUUCAUCUUCAAGUACGCCAAGGCCAACAACGAGUGUCAUCCCUGCCAUGCCAACUGCACCCAGGGGUGUGUCGGGCCAAGACUCCAAGAUUGUGUUGGGAUGAUGGACAGGACACCACUAAUAGCAGCUGGCAUUAUCGGCGGCCUAUUUAUCAUCGUCAUUCUGGCGCUCAGUGUGGCCGUUUAUGUUCGACGCAAAAGCAUCAAAAAGAAGAGGGCCUUGCGGCGCUUCUUGGAGACAGAGCUGGUGGAGCCCCUGACCCCCAGUGGAACGGCCCCUAACCAGGCUCAGCUGCGGAUCCUGAAGGAGACGGAGCUGAAGAGGGUCAAGAUUUUGGGUUCAGGGGCUUUUGGAACAGUCUACAAGGGCAUCUGGGUCCCAGAAGGUGAGACAGUGAAGAUCCCUGUGGCUAUUAAAAUCCUCAACGAGGCCACCGGUCCUAAAGCCAACGUGGAGUUCAUGGAUGAGGCUCUGAUCAUGGCCAGCAUGGAGCACCCCCACCUGGUGCGUCUGCUGGGCGUUUGCCUGAGCCCCACCAUCCAGCUGGUCACCCAGCUCAUGCCUCACGGCUGCCUGCUCGACUACGUGCACGAGCACAAGGACAACAUCGGAUCACAGCUGCUGCUCAACUGGUGUGUCCAAAUCGCAAAGGGGAUGAUGUACCUGGAGGAGAGGAGGCUGGUCCACAGGGACCUGGCAGCCCGGAACGUGCUGGUGAAGUCGCCCAAUCACAUCAAGAUCACCGACUUCGGCCUGGCGCGGCUGCUGGACGCUGACGAGAAGGAGUACAACGCAGACGGGGGCAAGGUUGGUAUGCCCAUUAAAUGGAUGGCUCUGGAAUGCAUCCACUACAGGAAGUUUACCCAUCAGAGUGACGUGUGGAGUUAUGGAGUGACCAUCUGGGAGCUGAUGACAUUCGGAGGCAAACCCUAUGACGGCAUUCUCACACGAGAAAUCCCAGACAUUCUGGAGAAAGGGGAGCGUCUGCCCCAGCCACCCAUUUGCACCAUUGAUGUCUACAUGGUCAUGGUCAAAUGCUGGAUGAUUGACGCAGACAGUAGGCCGAAGUUCAAGGAGCUGGCUGCUGAGUUCUGCAGAAUGGCUCGUGACCCCCAGCGUUACCUGGUCAUCCAGGGAGACGACCGCAUGAAGCUUCCCAGCCCCAAUGACAGCAAGUUCUUCCAGAGCCUUCUGGAUGAAGAGGACCUGGAUGACUUGAUGGAUGCUGAGGAGUAUCUGGUGCCUCGAGGUUUCAACAUGGCUCCACCGUCAUACAUAACCAGACCUCGUGUUGACUCCAACAGAAACCAGUUUGGCUAUCGAGAUGGUGGUCCAAACUCUGCAGAGGGCUCUGUGGCAGGUGCCCAAGCCUGUGUGAACCAGGAAGCCACAGGCGGACCGGUUCCGGCCCUGGAGGACCAACGCUGUAAUGGGAGCCUGCAUAAGAAGAGCCUGAGCCAGGCUGGAGGAGAGGACAGUGGGGGCCAGAGGUACAGCGCUGACCCCACCAUCUUCCUGGGGGAAAGGGCGUCCAGAGGGGACACUGAUGAGGAUGGAUACAUGACACCCAUGAAGGACAAGAGCUCCUCAGAAUACCUGAAUCCCAUUGAGGAAAACCCAUUUGUCUCACGACGUAAAAACGGUGAGAUCCACGCCUUGGAUAACCCAGGCUACCACAGCACACCCAACAGCCAGCCCAAAGGAGAGGAUGAGUACAUCAACGAGCCCCUCUACCUCAACACAUUCCAUAGCCCUGCUGAGCUGGGCCUGGAAGCCCUGAGGAGAAAUGGUCUACCCUUACCCACCCAGCCUCCUUCCUCCAUCUCCGCCACAACUUCAGGCUCCCACCUCCCGCUUACCAUCCAGACCAGCCUGCCACACUACCCCCUCCCCACAGCCCCCCUCCCCACAGCCCAGCCCUCUCCAUCUGGCAUGCCUUGCCACCAUGGCCCACCGACUCACAUCCUCCAUGCCCAUCUCACCGUCAAACCUGCAGGACAAACUGUCAAUCCAGGUGGCAGCUCCACCAGCCAGAGCCAAACAGGAACUACUGCCCAAGCCCAGGUGUGCCAGUCAGGGGCCCUGUCCACUUCCGCCACCAUCGGGCAUGGCAGCCUGCCAGCCUACCAGAGCCACGCCACCUCGCACCCCGCUAGCUUGCUGAAGCAUGGAGGACUGACAUCAAGUAAAACCAGUGGAAAGAAGCUGAAGGUGACCUUUGACAAUCCAGAAUACUGGCAGCACAGCUUGCCUCCCAAAUCGUCUAAUCAGGCAGCCCCUGACAGCGUCCAGGGAGGUUCCACCAACGCCAAGCUCUUCUAUAAGCAGAACGGACACAUACGGCCGGCGGUAGCUGAAAACCCUGAAUACAUGUCUGAGUUUUCCCUGAAAUCUGGUACUGUCUUGCCACCUCCACCCUACCGGCAGCGGAACACUGUGGUCUAGAUCGUUCUAUUUGACAUACGUUCCUCAAUCUGACUCUAGCCUCCAGCAACCCAGACAUCCUCUCUGGUUCCACUGUUCCACACAGAGGGGAGUGGCCACAACCAGAGCCGCCCCCAACUCUUUCCAACUAACGUGCUAUCUGCUGUAGACUGUAGCGACAUCAGAAGGAGGUGGACCGAACCGAACCAAGCAGAACCAACUCAGACUCACACACCUUCACUAUAUCCAAUCCAGUCCAUUUCUGUUCUGUAGAUAGAGACUGCGCUCCAUUUUACUGAGAAAGUGAAGGUUAUGGUAGUUUUUGGCAAACAACGAAUACAUGACUGUCACACAGCAGUGGACAUACCGUGUUGUCCCAGCGAAGUAGACCACAACAGUGUCAAAUAAGAUGGAUUUGACUUAAGGGACCUGAACUCACUGCCAGCCACUGCGGUGUCAGUUUCAUAAGAGGAACAAGAUGUUUUAUUAUUUUUGGUUCUCCAGUAUAAAGGUCCGAGGAUGAACAAUACUCUUCUGAGGGUUUCUGAAAUAAGCAAACAGACAGAACAAAUACAGUCUGUUAGAUGUCAAGAUGUCUGGUUUUGUGAAUGACCUUGUAGAGUGAGGCGAAACAGCAAAAUAUGGAGGAAAAAAGACUGAAAGGUUUAGUCUGGAGAGUGACUUCCAGUAACAUAAAAGACGGAGCACUGAAAGCUGACCAAUCAUAUUCAAUCUUUUUGCCUAUAGGAUUAUACCGUACGUUCUGGAAAAUUCCAUCAGAUAUGUGAAACUCAUCUCAUCUUUCUACUGUAAUUGUGAUACUGUGAUGGCCAAAACUACAGUGAUCCUUCCUUUCACAUUUGUAGUUCAACCAUGGACUUUUUAACUUGCCUGAAAACACGCAGGGCAACUACUGUUUUGUUGUUUUUGCUUGACUGCUGUCUACUUGGAAAAGCUGAUCAAAAACAGCUUUUCAAAGCCAAAGGGGAAAAAUACACUGUAAACAUUUUUAUAAACACUGGUUGCAGUGGUGAAAAGAUGGAUUUUUAUACACUGGUUUUCCCUUUCAGAUCAUGAAGCUAGCUUAGAUGAGUAAAGAGUGUCUUUACCAUAAGAGUGCUGAAUGGUGUGAUAAGGCCAUCCAUAAAGCAGCUGAACUCAAAAUGGUAGUCCAUUUCAUCUCUUUUGUUCUAUCCUCACUCCCUGGUAGACAGGGAGUGAGGGAGCAAAAGAGAGGAAAAAAUCUACAGAGAGGGGACGGAAAGUUCAUACAAGCCGCCUAAUGAAGACCUCAAGGAAUGAACAAGACAGCACCAGCAGAGCACAGUAAAAACAGACUACUUUUGUGUGUGUGUUUAUGUCUGUGUUUAUGUCAGUGUGAAUGGAAUGAGUGUGUGUGUUCACAAAUUAGCAAGCCAGUUUGGCCCCACAGGGAAUAUCAUAGAAAAAGAGAUGCAGUAGAAGUCGGUGAUGGUCAACAGCUAAAAACCCUCAGUACCACUGCUAACCAACAGUAGACUCAACACUGGUUCGACCUCAAACAAGGCUUCUACCAUAUGACUGCAGUCAAGUAGAAAAUAUUACAUGUUUAAUGUCACCGGUUUGAAUCAAAAGCUCAUUAAGUGACCCAACAGCACCAAAUGGCACCAAAUCUCUGGGAGAUUUUCACAAUUUUAGGAGAUCCUCAACUGUCUUGUUAUUCUCCUUUGGAUUGGGUAUACCUGAGGCUUUAUGCAGAAUCUAUUGAUACACAGAAAGUGAUGGUUUUGUGAUUUUUAAAAUUGUGCCAAAAUUAAUUAAUUUAGAAAAUAGAGUUUGUCUCUGUCACGGUGUUAAUUUCUAAGUGACAUGACCCUUUUGGUAGCUACCACUUUUUGACUUAAUCACUCCUCUCUAUGACAGUAGAUUUGGACAUGAUAAAUUUUUCGCAAUCGUUGGUGAGUCACCUGACACCUAAUUACUACUACCAAUAUUGGUAAAUGUGCCAAAAUUGGGUUGUUUUUUUUCAAGUGCAGCUGUAACGUAAUGUGUAUUUUUUCCAACACUGAAUCUUAACUAGCGCAAAUGGCCACUGUUCGACUAUGCCUCUGAUCCAUCAAGACUUAGCAUCUCUUCUUAGCCCAGAGUGACAUCAUCAAAAGUAUCCCAACUGAGUUUUACUCUUGAGACCAAUAGCGCACUAAUUGCCCCUUUACUCUCAAGAGAAUUGAAAAUUGCUGGUGUAGAGCCAUUAUUUCUUCCGCCAAGCCAUACUGAACACCAGUGGGUGGGAGAACACCACAAAGCUUGCCAAACUUACAAGAUCAAGACAAAAAAAAUUGUAAUGAUGGUUUACCUCAGAGGUCCUUUUGCAAUAUCUCACUAGAAUCACAUCUUAGUUCAAUCAUUAUGAACAAAAUAUUGUAGUUCCUGAACCUUUAGCAAGUUUUUCUAGCCAUUUUCUGUGGAACAUUAACAUUAUUGCUUUUCAUCAUUCUGCUGUGGCAGAUCCCUGUCCAAGCUAUUUUCUUGUGUAGGAUUAGCUUUAUUUUGUGUAUUUUAAUGUCUCUGUGUGUGUGUGUGUGUGUAUGAAAGUGUUUGUCUGAGUGUAUGCGCAUGCAAAGCUGUAUAUGUCUGUCCUCCCCAUGGAGCACUUUGAUCGAACUUGUGGGUAGAAAGAAAGGAUUUCCACCCUUCGUUACUGAAAUAUUCAACUUGUUUAUCCGGCCGUUUACCACUUCAGAAAGCAAAAGCUUUAGCAAAAGUCCAAGGAAGGUACUGCAGCCAGGAGUUCAUGAAGAAAACACAUUUUAGGUGGUACUGACCAUCUUCAAGAAUGUCCUUGUUUCCAAAUUUUUUGUUUUCUUCAAACAGUAUUUAUAAUUCUGCUUUGAUGCUAUCAUGAUUAUUUUAUGAAGGAGUAUUUUGUAGUCCCUUUUGGAACUCCAAUUCAAUGAAAUAGAGACAGCAUUUAAUAUCAAUGUGAAAUAUUUAUAGCGCGUUUGAGCUUGUUUAUACAGAGCAAUGGAAGCGUCUGCCAAAUCUGGGUUUCAAGAAGAAGAAAAAAAUGAAAAGCAUGAUGGUGGUGAAAAGGAAAACAUACGCCUUGGUUUCUCUCUUGUUUGGCCUAAAUUAUACUGCAGACCAAGGCAACAUAUGUAUUUGAAUCAAGAAUAGAUUAGACUGCAACACUGACGCGACGAAUGGCCUCACGUUGUCGAGAGCACUUCAGAGAAUCCAAGGCACUCAGCAACCCUCCGCUUUUAAUUUAAUCUUCUCAAGAGUUUAUUGCCAGAAAAGGAAGAAAAACAUUCCUGUACACGAAGAUCCAAGUCUGACUUAUUUUUGUCAUCCAAAGGCCUUGGUUUCCUUUUUAAAGUACCCCAAUUUGUUUUCUUUUUGUGGAAGCAAUCGUUUUUCCUCUCUACUGACUAAUAUAUCUUUUCUUGUUUCAAACAUAUUUUGCCUUGGCGUUGGGCUGUUACCUGCUGCUAUUUGUCUCAGCCCUAAACACUCUUGUGGCUCAUGGCAGUUCAAGAACACGCCAUUGCAACUGGUGUGUAAGACUGGUCACUUUUUUUAUUUUUACUUUUUACAGUUUCCUCCGAGCCAAGGUGCAGAGGCAUGUAGCCAUGUUGUACUGAAGUGAAUCCUUCAAUAUUUCAUCCUCAGCAGUUACCUACCAUAUAGGCUGCGAUAGAGUCUAAUGUAUAGUACAAUAUCACCUUGCAUGGUACCCAAAGUAAGUGUUUUACUGCCCUCCACCUUUGUAUCUCUUCAAUAUUAUAUUCUAGUUUCUGUCCAGGGAGUGGACAGCGUGGGAGAAAAUAACCAGAUAUUUUUACUGAAUUCAGUAGCACAAACUGGGAAUCCUUAUUUCUGAAAUCUUUCAUGGAUUUGUUUGUGUAUAUAGUACCCUAUAUAAUCUUUUAGUUUUUAGUUUAGAGUUUUGGUUUAAUUUUUUCCAUGUUAUCAACGAUUGUUUUUCUUCAAGGAAAAAGACUUGAAUCUAUGAUUUUUUUUUUCACUAUUGUGUCAAUUACUGCACAUUAUUUAACAUGUUUGUCAUUGUAGCUGCAAUUUUUAGUUGUUUGCAUCUUAAUUGCACAAAUCAUCGCUUAUGAGUGGAGGUCAUUAAUUUUCUGUGUUUAAAUUAUCAGAUCAGUAUAAAUGUACAGAAUCUUUGGGGUUUCCUCCAAAACUUAUCUAACACACUUCAACAACAAAUGUGAAUAAUAUUUUUAUAAAGCACUGAAAUGGCCGACGUGGUGAAUUUGUAAAUAAGGAGGCAAUGCUUUGAAUUUAUAUGGUCUUCUCUCCUACUGCUGUUUUCUCCUGCUUAUAACAACUUGUACAAAAAGAGCCGUACAUAUUUGCUUUAUGUAAGUGUACCUUUUGACUAAUGGGAAUUUGAUUUUAAAAGUGCUUGUUGACACUUUCACAUGUGAAAACUCUGUUCAGUGGCCCUUUUCCAGAGCUUUGUGGCUGUCCUCAUGUAAUGUUUCAGUUUAGUCGAAUGCUGUAAAAGUGGUGACUGGGAAGGGGGGGCGGGGGUUAAAUCCACCUGGUAUCUCCGUUUCGCGUCCCAAUGUCUGCCAUAUUUCAUUUCUCACUCAGUAAUGAGAACACCCCAGAACAAGCGAACAAUACCCUUUUUUCCUCUUUAUCUCUCUAUCUUUUUAAUUCUCAUAAAACUGAAACCAGUGUUGCCAACCAACCCAGAUAAAUUGCAUUUGGGAUUCAGUGUUACCUUCUCAGCUGGAAAUAUUACUGAGCCAAGUCUGACCUCCUCCUCCUCUUACUGAAAGGCAGAGCAUAGCCUUCACAGUACAGUACAUCCUGUUUUUCGUUCAUUUCUGAUUUGUUUUGCAUGCUUUUAGAGGAGACGUAGUAGAGAGAAGGCUUUCCCAGAAACUCCUCCUGGCCUACGUUGGCUUUCCAUCCUUCCCCGUGUCCCAGUUAUUUGAAACCAUACCCUAAGCUUUAUAUCAUAGAAAUACCGUUCCUCAUGUUUGUUACAUGAAUCUGUCAAAAGUAUAUUUUUAAUUUAAUAUAAAUAAAGAUUGAUUCAGUAUA